GGAGGUUAACUCGGUGUUCUUUCUACCUGUUUAUCCCUCAGGAAAGAGAUCCUACUAGGACACCGAGCCUUUGAAUAUGAACAAAUCAGACAAACCUUUGUCGACUCUAUGGGGUUGUGAGUUGAGUGAGGCUAACAAAGAGAAGACCUUUAGCACAGAAGAGUCCAAUCUGCAACAUCAAUUAGCUGUUAGAUCCAUGUGUCUCGGGCACACUGCGAAAGAUGAGUUCAAUAUCAUUGAGUUGGUGACUGGGUCAGGAAAGGAGGCCACAGAAGGAAUCCCCGUUGCAACGCUUCAUGCCAAGUCAAUGCCUACUGUUAAUUUAACAGGGGUGGAAUUGCAUCCACCGGUUACCUUUCGGCUUAAAUUCGGCUCUGGACCAGUCCAUAUUUGCGCGGAGCACGUUGCUUUUGAGGAGGAUUUAUCCGAUGAAGAGUUGGAGGAAGAGGAGGAGGAAGAGGAGGUAGAAGAUGAGGAAGAGAUCGAGGUAUCUCCAGAGAAGCCAGUCAAAAAACAGGCGGCCAAAAAUGGAGGACCUGUUAAAAGAAAGAAGCCAGAGAAGGCAGUCGACAGCACUCUCUCAGACGAUGAGAAUAAUCCACCCAAAAAGGGAAAAGGAAGGGGGAGGAAGCCACAGGCUCAGAAGGUGUAACCUCUGGCACGUCUGUCUUGUGGAUGUCGACCGACUGCAGAGGCCCAACCCUAUUCACAAAGGGCAGAGGACAAGCCUAUGCUGGUGUUGACUUGAAUGGAUGACUAACUGACAAAUAAACAAAAUCUUUCCUGA